AUGAAGGUGUGCGUGUGGGCCUCAUUUCUGCUGUGUUUCCUGGCGAGUGUAUCAUCUACGCCAUGUCUGCCUGAGGAGUUUACUUGUGCAAGAGGCGGCUGUGUAUCUGAGGAACAUAUGUGUGAUUUCAGAGAGAACUGUGAAGAUGGCAGUGAUGAGACUAACUGCUCUGAGUUUGUGAGAUGUGACUUUGAUGAAGGCUUUUGUGGUUUUCAACUUCAAAAUGAACAUCAUAUUUGGAUAAGAGGAUCAGGUUUGAACCAUCCCAGUACUGAGACCGACCACAGAGAAAAUGUUAAUGGUCACUGCCUCUAUAUACAAUCAAAAACUGGAGGAAGAGUCACUGCUGAAAUAUACAGUCCUCUCUUCCAGCCUUCACAGACAUGCUGGCUAACUUUCUAUCGUCAUACUGGGAUGCUGGCUGGGGCUUUGCAGGUUCUGAUCCAGUUCAAAUCUUCGGGAGAGAUGCAGGAGGUUUGGUUUCAGUCCACCUCCAAUCCUGAUCCACACAUUCUUCCCUGGAUGCGAACAGUGGUGGUGUUAAACAGCGGAGAGGAGUUUAAGGUUGUGAUUAGAGGAUUGAUAUUCAACAGCAGUGACCCAUAUGAAGUUGUAGCGAUUGAUGAUGUGUCCUUCAGCAGAGGAUGUGUGGUAGCAGUAGUAGAGACUGACAUCAAGGCACCUCUUCCAACUCAGUGCCCCCCAUCUCAGUUUCACUGUGGGGCAAAUGAAUGUGUAGAAGGGGUGAAAGUGUGCGAUUUUUCAUUAGACUGCCCCAAUGGAGAGGACGAGGCCAAAUGUUCGGCACAGUGUGAUUUCGAGUCCGACUCAUGUGGCUGGUAUGAGCUUGUCCAGGGUGAUGGGUUUGAAUGGGUGAGAGGUUCAGCUAAUGGAGUCGCCAUAGAUUAUCCGGACCAAACACCACCCCAGGACCACUCUACUAAUACAAGUGCAGGCCACUUCAUGUUUAUUUUCAAGAGGAGCAGCAGGUUGUCCCAGCAGGCUUUGCUGCACAGUCCUACAUUCCAGCAAACAAGUUCAGUUUGUGUCAUGACCUUCUGGCACUAUAAUUCUGGUCAUUCUGUUGGUGCUGCUGAAAUGCACCUGGUGAUAGAGGGCUCAGACAGCAGCACUAUACUUUGGCAAACACUUUACAACCAAGGUAACCAGUGGCACCCUGUAAUUGUCCAAAUUGGCAGACAGACCAGGCCUUUCCACAUCUCAGUUGCAAAACUGAGCUUGGCUGUGUAUGAAGGAGUCUCCGCUCUAGAUGAUAUUAUGUUCCAUAACUGCUCAUUGCCCAAAGCUGUGGAGAUAUGCCCAGCUCCUAAUCACCUUCACUGUAGCCGGAGCAAAGCAUGUGUGGACUAUUACCAGAUCUGUGACCUGAUCGAUGACUGUGGAGAUGGAACAGAUGAGGAAAACUGCUCGCCGGAGCUAAUGUGUGACUUUGAGGAAGGCCUGUGUAGCUGGACUCAGGAACACGAGGAAGACAUGUUUGAUUGGACCCGUAUCCAAGGACCCACUCCCACUUUCAACACAGGCCCAUGGAAGGACCACACACGAGCCAAUGAGGAUGGCCACUUCCUCUAUAUCGAAUCUUCAGACCCACAGAAAUUCAAAGACACGGCCGUUCUUAUCAGUCGGCCUUUUCUCCAAACUCCUCGCCGAGGUCCUGAAUCCGAACCACCCUGUGUUUUUAGGUUCCACUAUCACAUGUUUGGCCAGCAUGUGUUUCGUUUGGCUGUGUACAUGCGCACCCGUAACAGUGGCCGGGGCAACUUGUUGUGGGUUCGCUAUAGUGACCAAGGCAACUUUUGGCACAGGAAGACACUGCUGAUCAACAGCGCCCACCACUUUCAGAUUUUAGUGGAGGGGACUGUUGGUGAUGACUUCAGAGGAGAUAUUGCCAUAGACGAUCUGUCUUUCAUUGGCUGUCAGCCAUAUGAUGGUGAAUUGCCCUCAAAGGAGCCUAGCACCUUUGCCCCCAUCCCCUCCUUGUCAGCUACACCCCCUCAUAGCUGCCCUCCUGACCAGUUUGUGUGCUCAACUACAAGAGAGUGUGUGAGCCUCAGUCAAGUGUGUAACUUCAAACCAGACUGCUCUGAUAGCUCUGAUGAAGAGCACUGUGUGAAGGAGUAUUGUGAUUUUGAAAAUGAUGCUCUGUGUGGAUGGUAUUUAAGUGUCCCGGCCACUCCUGUUCCUCCUCAUUCCUUUUGCUGGCAGACAGGACAAGGGGAGAGUAUUCAUCAUGGAGAACAGAACCACAGACCUGCUAACGACCACACACUUGGUUCUUCAGAGGGUUGGUAUAUAUUUGCGGACAGCUCCAAUGGAGGAUAUGGUCAUACCACUGAUCUCUUGACUGCUCCCAUUAAAAUAACAGGACCCCAGUGCACACUUGUGUUCUGGUAUCACAUGAGUGGCUUUACUGUUGGAACGCUGCAGGUCUUUAUCAAAUCAGUCUCUGUCACACAUGAAGUUUGGUCCCAAAGUGGUAACCAAGGCAACAGCUGGAGGCGGGGUGAGGUCUUCAUAGGAAUCCGUUAUAACAUUCAGGUGGGUCUUCGAGCCAAGCGAGGCAUCAGCUACAUGGGUGAUGUUGUUGUUGAUGACGUGGCAUUUGUGGAUUGUGCCCCUCCAAUAACGUCUGAUCUUCCUUGUCGUAACAACGAGUUCAUCUGUGCCAACGGUCACUGUAUCUCCGAGGACAACUUGUGUGACUUUAUUGAUCACUGUGGAGAUGGCUCGGAUGAGAAUCAUUACAUAUGCAAGGGAUUCAGUGGUCGCUGCAAUUUCGAAUUUGACCUUUGCUCCUGGAGACAGAGCCAAGAUGAUGAUUUUGAUUGGUUGAUCAAACCAGGAAAUAUGCACACACAUGGGACUGGACCAUCCACUGAUCACACCCUCCGCAACCCAUUGGGCCACUACCUAUAUCUAGAUGGGUCCUUCCCACAGACAACUGGACACACUGCCCGAAUUGUAGGACCUCUUUUCUGCCACUGCAGCAGAGAUUGCAAAAUGGUGUUUUAUGUCCAUAUGUCUGGUGACGGCAUUGGCACUCUGAAUGUGUACAUGUCUACAAGCUCCAACCGCUCACUCUUACUCAGCCUUACUGGAAAUCAAGGCAACUACUGGAGCAGACAGGAACUGCCUCUCUCGUCUACUGACAACUUCCGCAUUAUGUUUGAAGGCAAGGUGGGCCGUAAUACCAGAGUUCACAUCUGCCUGGAUGACAUCACCUUCUCAUCAGGCUGUAUUCUUUUCAACAAAUUUGAGAAAGACUCCACUCCCCGGUUACUUCCAGGAUCCUGUCCACCGGGUUCUCUACAGUGUAACAAUGGCAAUUGCUACAAACCAGAGCAGAAAUGUGACUUCACUGAUGACUGUGGAGAUGGAACGGAUGAAUUGGAUUGUGGGACGUCCUGCUCAUUUGAACAUGGGCACUGUGGUUGGAAAAGCAGCAUGGCAGAUACCUUUAGUUGGGCUCAUGGAGUCGGCUCCAUUCAUAUGAUCAGACCUCCUCAUGAUCACACACUUAAAAAUGAAAGCGGAGCUGUGCAUCCUGGAUCAUGCCCCGCUGUAACAGAUUUUGUGUGUAAUAAUGGAGACUGUAUUGAGUAUCAUUUGGAGUGUGAUGGUAAAGCUGAUUGUUCCGAUGAGUCUGAUGAGAUUGACUGCUUGCAUGUUCCAGGAGCUUGUAAUUUUGAUAUGCCCAGCGGCCUUUGGCAAGAGACCUGCCAUCUGUCUCAGGAUCCUUACGAUGACUUUGAUUGGGAUAUAGGCUAUGGCAGAAUGCUUAAUGGGACAGGACCAUCAGCUGACCACAGCCCCGAUGGAGGAGGUGGGUAUCUGUAUGUGAACUCCAGUGCUCAGAGAGAAGGAGAUAUCGCCAGAUUCAUAAGCCAGCUGGAGUUUCCUGCGAGUGUCGGUAUAUGUCAUCUGCGCUUUUGGUUCCACAUGUAUGGCUCACGUCACAUGGGUACACUGAAGGUGUAUACCAUGGGCCACAGUGGAACACCUCUGCUAAUGUGGGCAACCUGCGGAAACCAUGGAGACAACUGGCAUUAUGCUAAUGUGAUCUUAUCAAAUGCAUCACCCUUCAGAGUGAUCGUUCAGGCAGAAGUGGGAGCAGACCAGUGGACUGACAUUGCUGUGGAUGACAUCUCUUUCACUAGACAAUGUGUUGUUGGAGGUCCAGUGACCCCCAUCCCACAAACAUGCCACAGGGAGCACUUCCAGUGUUUGUAUCUGUUUGAGUGUAUACCACUGAGUUGGCACUGUGAUGGUGAGGUGGACUGUCUGGACAGCUCGGAUGAGGAGAUGUGUGUGAGUGUGGUUCCUGGCACUAUGCCUCCUCAAACAGGGUGUGAGACGGGAGAAUACCGCUGCAUGAACAACAGCUGUAUUCCAGCUCUGCUGCGCUGCGAUACGGUUUUAGACUGCCCAGAUGGAGAAGACGAAUAUGGAUGUCCUGUUAAGAUAUGUGAUGAUGGAGAACUAGUGUGUGAGGCGACAGCAGACUGUGUAGCAUAUCAGAGUCGAUGUGACGAUAUUGUUGACUGCCCUCCUUUUAACCCUGAUGAGUCCAGCUGCUAUGAGUGUCCUAUUGGGUACUGUCUCAAUGGAGGGAGGUGUUCAGUAAAGGAAAAUGGAGCAGUGUGCAUUUGUCCAUCACAGUGGACAGGUAAUCGUUGCCAUAUAAAAGAAAAACCUUUUCUCACAACCGCGUCCACAACAGCUGUGAUACCAGAUAGUAAACUAGCUGUCAGUGUUGGAUUAAGUGUGGCAUUGAUCCUGGUGGUCAUCGCAACUGGAGUCAUUCUGUUCUUGUUAUUUCAAAGGAGACUUUCACUAAAAGACUCCAGUCUUAUUGAUAAUGAAGAGUUGGAUUGCUCAACCUUUGACUUGCAGAAAAAGCUGCCCUCUCUUGACGUUAGACCCAGAUGGCCAGUACAUCCUCGACUAAACAUCAGCGUUUACCCAUGGAGAGAGGAUGCAAAGGUCUCCAGCUCAAAGGAAAGCAAGCUCUCUUUCUCCAAUCCAGUCUACAAGUGCUCAAACAGUUCUGAAGCUUGAAGAAAACACAGACACGCAAACACUGGCUGUCACGUCCCUAUAGAUUUAGAGCACUUUCCACUUCAUUUGAGCCUCCCCAACAGCAUGGCUGUACUGGCUUAAGGUUUAGAGGGCUUUUUUUGAACACAAACUGGUGGGAGGAAAAAGUGUGACCACAAACAAGAUCCAAUUAAGCAAAAUGAAGCAGUUAAACUAUCAGUCAUAAAAAGAAAGUUUCUUAAAAUAAUCUGUGACAUGUAACACAUUCCAUAUGUUAUGAAAUCUCUCCGAGGCACUGAAAUUAAACUUCCAUCUUUCUUG